CUAGUUGCUUCGUUAAUACAUGGAGGAGUGAGGUGAUGUCGCCGAUCUCUCUCUCUAGAUCUUCAUCUCUCUUUGCUAUUCGAGAUCACAAAUUCGCCUGAAAUUUGAUAGAUUUUCUAAUCUUCUCUUACUUCAAAAUUUGUCGUCGAUUCUCGAAACAUCUCAUUCUGGAUUUCCUUGAUUAACUUCAUCCGAUGGUGGUCUGCAAAUGCCGCAAGGCAACCAAGUUGUACUGCUUUGUUCACAAAGUACCAGUGUGUGGAGAAUGCAUAUGUUUUGCGGAGCACCAGAUCUGUGUGGCUCGAACUUACUCUGAAUGGGUAAUUGAUGGAGAGUAUGACUGGCCUCCCAAAUGUUGCCUUUGCCUUUCCUCCCUUGAAGAGGGAGCAAAUCCUCAAACUACUCGGUUGGGCUGCUUGCAUGUUAUGCAUACAAACUGCUUGGCUUCACACAUCAAAAGUUUCCCUGAGCACACUGCUCCAGCCGGAUAUGGUUGCCCUACCUGUAAUACUUCUAUAUGGCCGCCAAAAAUGAUCAAGGAUUCUGGAUCCCGACUUCAUUCAAAGCUUAAAGAAGCAAUUAUGCAGACUGGUCUAGAAAAGAACCUAUUUGGUAAUCAUCCAGUUUCUUUAGUGGGUACAACAGAGUCGUCCCACACAGCACCACCAGCUUUUGCCUCUGAUCCUUUAGUAAAUCUAUCUACCACCGAUGGCAACAACUCAUCAAUAGCAAACGGUUCCAAUGUAAAGGCUUCUGUAUCAGAUAUUGUUGAGGUUGAUGGCUCUACUAUGAAAUCACCUUUGACAAGUCCACAGUCGGAUUUCAUGAAAAGUUCUAGCCCUAGCACACAGGCCGGUGCGACAACUCGAAAGGGUGCAUUUCAAGUAGAGAGACAGAACUCGGAGUUUUCAUAUUAUGCUGAUGAUGAAGAUGCAAAUCAAAAGAAGUACAGUCGAAGGGGUUCUCUCCAGCUAAAGUUUCUUAGAGCAUUGAUACCUUUCUGGUCAAGUUCAUUACCAACUUUACCAGUGACAGCGCCGCCAAGAAAAGAUGCUGCAGAUGCCCCCCAAGAGGGUAGUGGUGGCCGAUCACGCCAUCAUAGGCCUUCAAGAAUGGAUCCGAGAAAGAUCCUUCUUUUCAUAGCUAUAAUGGCAUGCAUGGCUACUAUGGGUAUUCUCUAUUACAGAAUCUCAGAAGGUGGCCUCGGGGAUGAGCCGUUUGAUGAUGACCAGCUUCAGCAGCUGCAGCAGCUGCAACAGCAGUAAAAGAUAUCUCAAAGGUUGAGGUAAUUUGCUUGGGUUGUUUGUUCAUUCAUAUAUACAUUUACUGUGUAUUUUGGUGACAUGAGAAUUGCUUAUAGGAUGGAUGAUUUUCUCUUCAAAAGAUGUUUAUUCAUAUCAUCAUGCAACUGUUCUUAUCUCUUUAAAGUUUUGGUUUAGAAUGAUGGAUGUAAUGUGGAGGUUGUUAGAAGAGUCUUUUCUUUCUUUACAUGUAGUUUUGUUGUCAGUUUGGAAAAAAGGUAAAAUAAUAGACUUUAGAACAUUAUUAUUAUUAUUAUCAUAUUGCUUAUUAU